AUGGCAAUUCAUCCCUCCGAACUAGCUAUAGUUCAGCCUAAGGCUGUUCCCCAAGGUACACCAGAUUACGAAAAGAAACGAGCAUCAAUCCUCGAAGCCUUUGCGGCAAAAGUGCCUCCUGAACUACGCCUAUCUCCAAAAAUUACUGCCGAUCCACCAAAGGAUGUGUCUCAAAUACCAAUCACCUGCGGCAUACUUACACCAGCCGAGAUCAACAUCACUGAAAAGUACGAUGCAGUAGGCCUUGCUGAAGCCAUCGCCGCACGCAAGUUGUCAGCAGUCGAAGUAGCCACCGCAUUUUCAAAACGUGCUAUUAUCGCACACCAAAUGACAUGCUGCUUGACUCAAUGGUUCAUGGAUGAUGCGAUCAAGAGGGCACAAGAGCUGGACAAGUAUCUAGAAAAGAACGGAAAGACGAUCGGCCCUCUUCAUGGAGUUCCUAUCAGCAUCAAGGAACAUAUGCCCAUUGCUGGAACCUACUCAUCACAAGGCUCCUUGGCGAGUACCGUCUUCGACGAGAAAGACUGUCUGUUGGUGUCAAUGCUAAGAAGUAUGGGCGCGGUAUUCUACUGCAAGACCAACCAGCCUCAAACAAUCAUGCAUCUGGAAACGACAUCUCAUUACGGUCGAUCGCUGUGCCCUUUCAACAUUGAUCUCAGCGCAGGCGGCUCAUCUGGUGGCGAGGCUGCACUUGUUGCAAUGAAAGGCUCAGUUCUUGGUGUAGGCACGGACAUUGGCGGCAGUAUUAGAGGCCCUGCCGCUUUCUGCGGCAUCUAUGGUUACAAGUCGACAUCUUACAUGUUGCCGAUGAAAAACUUCCUCGGACAUGCAUUUUCUGCAGAACUCAAUAUUUUGUGUAGGCAAGUACGCCUGAAACCAUUGAGAAUCGGUGUCAUCGAGAACGACGGCUUCGUUGAUCCUCAGCCACCAGUAAAGCGCGCUAUAACAUGGGCUCGUGAGCGUCUCUCCGACCCUCAACAUUCGGAUGUUGUCCAAGUGAAGCCAUUCAAGCCCUAUAAGGCACAAGAAGCAUGGAAACAGAUCCGACGUAUGUACUGGCCAGGUGGCGGCAAACUAGCGAAAGAGGAUAUCAUGUCAACAGGCGAGCCAGUCCUACCGCUGAGCGACUGGAUAUGGAAAGACGCCGAACCUCACGGCAUGCUGCAUGCGGAAGAGGUCAACGAGUUACGUGCCGCUCGCGACAAGUUCCGUUAUGAGUUUGCCGACAGCUGGAAUGAGCAAGAAGUCGACAUUGUCAUCGGCCCUGCGUUUGUUGGGCCUGCCUCUGCGCAUGACACAGCGUUCUACUGGACAUAUACAAGCUUGUACAACUUUGUCGAUUACCCCGGGGUUGUUGUACCCACACCAAUCAAAGCUAAGAACAAGGAGAAUUAUGCCGCGGACUACAAACCAUUAAGCGAUGAGUGCAGGCAUACCAAAGAGCUGUGGGAGAGAUCAGAUUUUGAGGGGGCGCCAAUCAAUCUCCAGGUCAACGCCAGAAGGUACCACGACAACGACUUGUUUGGGGCACUGGCGGUCUUGAAGGAUAUCUUAGAUCUUCCUUAA